AUGGAUUAUGGUCUUUCAACAUUAAUUAAUCAUAAGAAUUCUGUGUAUAUGCAUAAUCCUAAUCAUUCAAAUAAUCCCUCAUCAAUGUAUCCAUUGUCAGGCCCCUUCUUUCAUCAUAAUCCUAAUGAUAAUAAUAAUAAUAAUAAUAAUAAUAAUAAUGAUAAUAAUAAUAACAAUAAUAACGGUAAUGAUAACAGAUGUGAUACACGCGCAUUUAAUGAACAAUCAACAACAGAACAAGUAAAUUUACAAAUAACUCAUUCAAAUAGUAUUUCGUCCAAUUCUUAUCCUCCUCUUCAACAAAAAUAUUCCAAUGAAGGUAUCUAUAGAUUACCAAUAAAACAUUCAGUUAUAAAUAAUUCAAUAUAUCGAUCAGAAUAUAAUAAAAUAAGAAAAUGUGAUUUCAACUCAUCAUUACCAUAUGAUUUACGUGUUGAAGAAGGUGGAGAUAGAGGUGAAAUCGAUAGAACUCUACUUGAUCAUAAUAUUGAUUUAAAGUGUAAAGAAGAUGCUGAUGAUGAUGAUGAUGAUACACAGUUAACACGAAAAACAUCGAUAAAAAUCAAUAAUUUCAAUUUAUCCACAAAUUUAUCACAAUUAAAUGAUAAUCUAUGGGAACAAGAGUUUAUUUGUCAACCACAAAAUAUAUCAAAUAAUCAAUAUCCUUUUAAUUAUAUAAAUAAUACUACAAAUUAUUAUUAUGAUCAAUAUUUAUGUAAUCCAACUUUAUAUUAUCCUUAUAAUUCGAAUAGAAUGUAUACUUCAUCAAUAUUUUCAUCAUAUCCAUCAUCAAUUAUACCUUCUAUUGGAUUGAAUACUAAUCAAUAUCCUUUUGAACAUGUUCAUGAUCCAUAUAUUCAAGAAAAUCAACAAUAUAGACAAUCAGAUAUAAAAUUAUCCAAUCGUUUAUCAUCAUUCAUUGUUACAUCACAAACAUCUCCAUUAUUGAAUAAUUCACUGAUUUCAUCAUAUAUCAAUUCAAAUCGAUUUUUUAAUGAUACACUAUCUAUCUCAACUACUACAACAACAACAACAACAACAAGUACCAUUACUACUACUAAUAGUAAUGAUAAUAAUGAUACUAAAAAAUGUAAUAAAAAGGCUAUGGUAAUGAUUUCUCCAACCAUAACAUCUACUACUGAUAAUAAAGAUAUAAGUAGUAAUAUUGGGAAUAAUAAUUUGAAAAGAAAAUCAAUAGAUGAUUCAUUUCAGCAAGAUACAAUCAAUCAUCAUAAUAAUAAUAGUAGUAAUAAUCAUAAACAACAUAUAAUUGAUGGGAAAUAUGAAAAUGAUGGUGUAAUUCAUUCACCAAUCUCUUCAAUUGACUAUUAUUCACAUCAACGUUCAAUAUCACCACAAGAAGAUCAAAUAUCUCAUAUGAAUGUGUACAAUCAUAAUAAUAAUAAUAAUAAUACUAAUGAUAAUAAUGAAGAUCCAACAUCUAAUAAUGGUAUAUUUUUAGUGAAAAAUAAAAAAAUUCGUAAACCACGAACAAUUUACUCUAUAUGGCAAUUACAAAUGUUAAAUCGUCGUUUUGUUCAUUCACAGUAUUUGAAUCUAACAGAACGUGCCAGUUUAGCUUCUCAACUUGGAUUAACACAAACACAAGUUAAAAUUUGGUUCCAAAAUAAACGUUCAAAGUUGAAGAAAAUAUUACGUCAAGGACAAGAUCCAACUGCAUUUCUGAAUGGAACGGCAAAUGGUCCAGGUGAAGAAGAUCAAACGGCAAGUUUUUUUGUUGAAGUGAAGGAUAGUGAUUAUGAUGAUGAUGAUUCUCGGUCUGUAAAUUGUCAUUCAGCUAAAUUAUCUUCACGAGUCGAUAAUUCAGAUCAGGUGGAGUACACUAAUCAAUCACAUAAUCAACAACAUUCUUUGUUAACUCAUUCACAUCAUUUUCAUUCAAUGAACAGAGAUGACGAUUUAAAUUUCGAUAGAAAAUCAACAACAACAACAACAGAAAUGACUGAAUUAGAAAAGAAACCAGAUAGAGAUCAUCCAUAUGACAAUCGGUUUUUUCCAUCCAACAUUAUAAAGUAUGAGUCAUAUUUACCGUUUAAAUUACAGUCUGAUUCAAAUGUAUCAAUUAAUCAAUUAAACAAUGAUGAGACUGGAUCAAUAACCAUCAGCACCACUUGUAAAUAUCCGACCUGCCCAUCUAAGCUAAUCGAUGACAACCAAUCAAGUGGCUUAAUUCAAACAGAAGGUCAUAUGCCACCUGUUCAAGGUCAUCUGCUGACUGACCAAUCAACGCAUUUAAACAAUAGUAAUUUAUCAACACAUUCGAAUAAUUUAUCAUCAAAUCAUCACCUUAUUCAUCAGAGAUGA